AUGUCCAGCUUCGAUCCCUCCAACGUUGACCUCAACACUGCCAGCCAGGAGGAUGUCAUCUGCUACCUCUCGUUGUCGGAAAAUGAAUACAACGGCCACCUAGGCGCGCGCAUAUCCUCCAUCUUUGUCAUCUUUGUCACGUCGACCGCAUUUACCCUCUUCCCGGUGGUUGCCCAGCGACUCCCCAAGUGGCAUAUUCCGCAGCCUGUGUACCUGUUCGCGCGUUACUUUGGCACCGGGGUCAUCGUGGCUACGGCCUUCAUCCACCUGCUGGACCCCGCCUACCAGAUGAUCGGACCCCAGACAUGCAUCGGCGUGUCCGGCUACUGGGGCGAGUACUCCUGGUGCGCGGCGAUCGUCCUGGCGUCCGUCGUGCUGAUCUUCCUGCUGGACGUUGCGGCCGAGGUGUACGUCGAGUGGAAGUACAAUGUGCAGCGAGACGCGCACGCCACCGCAGCGUUCAUCACCCAGCCCGCAUGCUCCAGUCCGCUUGAGUCGUCGGACAGGCUCGAUGGGAGGGAAAUCUCAUCCCCCGCAGGAAGCAAGGAUUUCUCCCCUCACGCAGAAGAAGCCUCCGUGAUCUCGGAACGGGCCUUCCGACAGGACAUCGCCGCCUUCCUGAUCCUCGAAUUCGGCAUCAUCUUUCAUUCCGUCAUCAUUGGGCUCAACCUCGGCGUGACGGGCGAUGAGUUCGCAACGCUCUACCCCGUUCUGGUCUUUCACCAGUCCUUCGAGGGAUUGGGCAUCGGGGCUCGCAUGUCGGCGCUCCAUUUUGGCAAACACCGCUGGCUGCCGUGGGCUCUCUGCCUGGCAUACGGACUGACCACACCAGUUUCCAUCGCGAUCGGUCUGGGUGUACGCACAUCAUAUAACCCAAACUCGAAGAUGUCCAUGAUUGUGCAGGGAGUGCUAAACGCUGUAUCCGCGGGGAUCUUGAUAUACAGUGGGUUGGUGGAGUUGCUUGCGCGAGACUUUUUGUUUGAUCCGUGUCGGACAAAGAGACGGGGGCAGAUCCUGUACAUGCUGGGAUGUACACUCUUGGGAGCUGGAAUUAUGGCAUUGAUAGGCAAGUGGGCCUGA